AUGCAGAUGAUUGCGAAUGGCUACACACCUUUCUUCGAUGGCAAUGGCACGUACAUCAAGAACGCAGAAGGCACUCCUCUAUUCAGAGAUGCGCAGGGUGCUGUAGCUACAGUGUGGGGAGAGGCGGUACCUACAGGAUCACCCGCAUAUGACAAUGCUGGCAACCAAGUACCCGCCUUCGAUGCCAACGGACUGCCUAUGGUGGAUACAAAGGGACAACCCGUUUACGCCGAUGUCUACGGAACCCCAAUAGCAUCUGAGCUAGAGCUAGCCGCCAUUCAGAUGAUCGCGAAUGGUUACACGGCUUUCCUCAGUGUAGAUGGCACGUACAUCAAGAACGCAGAAGGCACUCCUCUGUUCAGAGACGCACAGCGUGGUGUGGUGACUAUUACUGGGGAGUCUGUGCCUACAGGCUCACCCGCAUACGAUGAUGCUGGCAACCAAAUACCCGCCUUUGAUGCCAACGGACUGCCUAUGGUGGAUUCUAAGGGACAAUCCGUUUAUGCUGAUGUCUACGGAACCCCAAUGUAG